AUGAGUCGCCUGACAGUGUUCACUGCUCCAUCAAAAUGUGAACAAAAUGUCACACCAAUAAUCUUCGAGUCUGAUUCAGUACCAAAUGAACAGCAGCUUCGUGAUUUCCGAUCUGAAAAAACAAUUACUGUGUCUGACUGGAGCCAGGGCACCCAGUCUGUACUCGGAGAGGCUGCUGGAAUUGGGCAGGGCACCCAGUCUGUACUGGGAGGGGCUGCUGGAAUCGGGCAGGGCAGCCAGUCUGUACUGGGAGAGGCUGCUGGAAUUGGGCAGGGCACCCAGUCUGUACUGGGAGGGGCUGCUGGAAUCGGGCAGGGCACCCAGUCUGUACUGGGAGAGGCUGCUGGAAUCAGGCAGGGCACCCAGUCUGUACUGGGAGGGGCUGCUGGACUUGGGCAGGGCACCCAGUCUGUAAUGGGAGAGGCAGCUGGAAUCGGGCAGGGCACCCAGUCUGUACUGGGAGGGUCUGCUGGAAUCGGACAGGGCUCCCAGUGUGUACUGGGAGGGGCUGCUGGAAUCGGGCAGGGCACCCAGUCUGUAGUGGGAGGGGCUGCUGGAAUUGGGCAGGGCACCCAGCCUGUAAUGGGAGAGGCUGCUGGAAUCGGACAGGGCACCCAGUCUGUACUGGGAGAGGCUGCUGGAAUCGGGCAGGGCACCCAGUCUGUACUGGGAGAAGGUGCUGGAUUCCAGCAAGACACCCAAUCCUUUUGUAGCUCCAAGUCAGGAUUAGAAACGCAGGUGCAGUUUGGUACAGAUCGGCUCGGUAAAGGGUCUGAGGAGGCAGGGCUGCCUGUCCUGAGUAAUGGGAGAGGCUCUGAGGAGACAGAGCAGCAAAGUUUGCAUCUGACGCCCAGUGCAAGGAUUGGCAGUGUUGUGGAUUUGAACGUGAAGCCAGAACAGUCAGAGCUGGUUGUUGGCACAGCCUUCCAAGUGAAGCUAGAUACUCGGUCAGCUGUGUACAGAGGCUCCAAAUCAAAACAGUUCGUCAGGCCGACUGUAUUUCGGGAUGUGAGAUCAGCACAGUAUUUCCAAUCGCUGUUGCCCUGGGACAAGAGGUCAGAGCAGUGUCUCCAUUUGCCUUUGGCUGGGAAUUGGAGCAGUAAGCAACUCAGGCAGCCUCUCAAGUGCCAGGAUGUGGGGCUGGAACCCUGGGCACAGCCUGUACUUGCCGAGAACACAGGCUUAGCGAGACAGAUCUUCAUUACACUCACUCGAAACCUGAGCUACAUCUCAGGCUUGUAUGAUAGUGUGCAGUUGGAUGGGUUUAGCACACUGCAUGGUCAGCACAGUUCACCAGAUGGAUCCCACCUCAAUCCAGGGAAAAAAGACUCACCAUCACGAGCAACUGUGUGGAAACAAGGAAAAUCCUGCCCCGGCGCCCCGAAAAAGAAAGCGGAGAGGAAAAAUGGACAUGUUCAAGUGCACUUUGCUGACUCGGUGGGAUUACAGUUGACUGAAAUUCACAGCUUUGACGCGACAGUGGAGCCAACUGUGCCUGAGUACGUUUUAGCUAAUCUCCAUUCCACACCUCCCACUGCACAGCUCGCCUGGGUACAGAGCUUUAAAAAGGAAUUCACCAAUCCCAAGGACGAUGUCAAUUUUGAUGAACGAGUGAGCAGGCAGAAGGUGUGCCUGGAGACAGUGAUGGAGUCAGACUUGGUGAUCAGUGGCACCAUCUUGGUCCUAAACCUGGCAUACCAUAAGGAGGUCACAGUGCGUUACACCUGCACUGACUGGAACCUUUUCACUGAUGUACCAGCUUUCUUUGAAAACAGCAUUGAAGAUAAAAAAGACCGCUUUGCCUUCAUACUGAACCUAUCAUUUCAUAUUUUGAAGCCAGGCUCCUCUGUUCAGUUUGCAAUCAAGUACACAGCCAAUGGAGUAGAAUUCUGGGACAACAAUGAUAGCAACAAUUACACAUUGACAUAUCAGCCAUUUCAGGUCAUGAUCCCCAACAACAACAGCAGCAAUAGUUUGGUCAAUUCUGACUAACACUUCUACAAACUAGAGGCGAGUCAAGUUGGAUUACAGAUCAGUAAAGGCCCACCAGACUGGACUGAAACCUCCAAACUGCAGCGAUAUCAUCACAAAGCUGGGCACAGUGUGCGUGACAGUCAGAAACUGAGGUUCCCCCCAUGGGCAGAAUUCACUUUGGAAUAGAAAGGCCCGUCUGGAGAAUUAAUUGAAAGGGUUCAAGAACAACUGGAUCAGCUCAGAAACAAGGAAGGGCUGCAGCUGGAAGUAGCCAAGAUCCUGGGGCUGCAUGGGUAUGUGUCAGUUCCUGCAGGAAGUGUGGCUACAUUCGGGGAACUGAUGGUAUCAUUGACCUAAUUAAUCAUCCGUAAUGUUUGGUUAUAGUCUCGCUUAGUGAUCUCAUUACUGGCAUCCAUGGAUGGUUCUGUUGUGCUCCUUGA